UAACCAUGUAUUAUAUGAAUCAGUGGGGAUCAGUUAUUGUUUGUUAAUCCUCUCUAGGACAAUUAUAUUCAGAGGAGAGUACGGGAAACGUACAUGAAAAUGCACACGAACCAAACGGUGGACUUAGUUCGCAAAAGAAAAACUUACUGGUGCAAGUUCGACAAGGCACAGAUGACCGUCAUGGAGGCAUUGGAGAAACUAAAUGCACUGGUAGACGAAAGUGACCCAGAUGUAGAUCUCCCCAACAUCAUCCAUGCUUUUCAGACAGCAGAGAAAAUUCGUGCGGCCCAUCCGAAUCUAGAUUGGUUUCACCUUACUGGGCUGAUUCACGAUCUGGGGAAAGUGAUGGCUCUUUAUGGCGAACCCCAAUGGGUGGUGGUAGGGGACACUUACCCAUUGGGCUGUUCUGUUGCUGACUCGGUAGUUUAUAAAGCCACAACAUUCAAGGACAAUCCUGAUCAGAAAGACAACCGUUACAACACCAGACUUGGAAUGUACACAGAACACUGCGGUUUACAAAACGUCCUGAUGUCGUGGGGUCACGAUGAGUAUCUGUACCAGGUGUUGGUCAACCACAAAACUUCUUUACCAGAAGAAGCUCUGUACAUUAUCCGCUUUCAUUCCUUCUACCCCUGGCAUACGGGGGGAGAUUACAACUACCUUUGUAACAACAAGGAUCUUUCGAUGUUACCUUGGAUCAGGGAAUUUAACAAAUUCGACCUUUAUUCCAAGUCAGAAGACGUUCCGGAUAUCGACAGUCUAAUUUCUUACUACCAGUCUUUGGUAAACAAAUACGUUCCAGGAACUGUACGAUGGUGAAAGAAGAAGAUGAUGAGAAGUCCCUAGUGGAUGCAAGGAAACUAUUUCAUUCUCGUAAAGCAACAUCUUCGACAAAUAUAACUUCCACAGCAUCUAAGUCAUGAUAAGCAUGCGCUCUCCACGCGUCCUAAUUGUAAUGUUAACUCACUCUCGCGCCAGGAUGCAAACGAACAGUUUAGGACUGGAUCGCUUUUAUCGAGAUACCUAUAUAAGACGUAGGCCUAGUCAGCCGAAAAUACUCUUAAAAUUAAUUUCAGUAAGAAGAAAUGUUUUCAACCUCAUUGCUUUAAUUCGUGAUCUUGGUUGCAGUAUAACAAAGCCAAAAAUGUUGUUUUCCAUACCGCAUUUUGAAGUGAAAUUCUAACAAAAUACAUGUAUACCGUGUCCCAAGAAAUCAGAAGCUAAGACUUUGACAAACAGGUGAAAAGCCAUCACCAUGCUGAAUGUACACAAGCUUGUAGCAAUUCCAACACGAGCUGAUGUUUAGCAAGAAACAGAAGAGAAAACUGUCCUCGGAACCAAGGAGAGGCAGCACUCCACUCGCAAAAUAAUUUGCUCCAUCUAAACUUUCCUUUCCGUGGUCAUGAAUCUUCAUCCAACUGUUGAACUUACUGCUUGCUGGAAUUCAGAUGUGCUUGAAUAUCUACAAAGAACCAAAGUUCUCCACGAAUACUUCCAAUUACAUGUCAUCAUCACUCGAAAUUAUUCAGGCCAGUUCCGAGAUAAUGUCAAAUGUAAAAUACAAUUCCAUUUGGCCAGAUAAAACACCCGACUGCAGCAAACAAGACCAAUAAUGCAGUGUAAAUGGUGUGGUUGUUUUUUUACUAGGUAUGAAACUGCUCUGAAUAUCCAGUAAACAGAAGAAUAUUCUAGUAAAUCUUGUAAUUUAUUACAACGUGUGGCCAUUACACUGGAUUACAGAAACACAUGUGAAAUACUUGGCUCCAAAUGUGUAUGUGCAUUAUUUUGCACCCCUAUUUAAUUUAGUGACUGUGGGUAAGUGUUCAAAGAAUAAAAUAACAAGAAAUUUUUGGUAGUAUUCCAUAAAA